AUGGUUGCGCAGGCCGAUGCAUGUGGAGACCCAGAAGCAGUGGUGAUCGAAGCGCAGCACACAGCGGCCGCAGUCGUAGCAGUGCUUGGCGCGCACUGGUUGCUGCACUCGGCAGUACGGGCACCACCGCCGCGCACUGCUGGGAUUGAGAAGGUGGGGGGGGGGAGUGGAGGGAGGAACUUGAGCAGCUACGUCCCUCCCACUCUCCUCUGCAGCCUCCGCCCCUCUCUCUACGUCAUCGCACGGUGCAUCCGCCCCAUCACCACACCAGCGGCACCCCCUGUCCCCGCACCACCUGCAACCCACGUGCCCGCACCACCGGCAGCCGGGCAGGCAGGGGGCGAGCAGGGCCCAGGGGCCCUGCUCGCCCCUGCCUGCCCGGCUGCCGGUGGUGCGGGCACGUGGGGUGCAGGUGGUGCGGGGACAGGGGGUGCCGCUGGUGUGGUGAUGGGGCGGAUGCACCCUUCCGACACUCUCUCCUGCCAUGGUAGUGCCUACCUCAAGUUCCUCCCUCCACUCCCCCCCACCUUCUCAAUCCCAGCAGUGCGCGGCGGUGGUGCCCGUACUGCCGAGUGCAGCAACCAGUGCGCGCCAAGCACUGCUACGACUGCGGCCGCUGUGUGCUGCGCUUCGAUCACCACUGCUUCUGGGUCUCCACAUGCAUCGGCCUGCGCAACCAUGCGCGCUUCUGGUAACCACGCUCGCUUCUGGUAA